CAUGAAAAUCAUCUGCAUAACAGCGAGAGAGGAAGAACGAAUUCGACAUCAACAACAAAUGUCGGAUCAAUACGCCACCGUCCAGAAAGGCUCCCUGAAAUUGAAAGGAAUAGGCGUUGUUUCCGCGGGUAAAAAAAAGAAGAAGAAGGACAAGGAGAAGAAGCGUUGUUUGGAGCAGCAAAUUAAUACAAAUAAAAACGAAGAGGAGGAGACCAAGAGUGGAUACAUUGACAAAAGAACACCAGCUCAAAUGGCUUUUGACAAGAUGCAAGAGAAGAGGCAAAUGGAGAGAAUUUUGAACAAAGCAGAAAAAACUCACAAGCGGAGAGUUGAGGAUUUCAACCGUCACCUGGACUCCCUGACAGAACAUUACGAUAUUCCUAAAGUCAGCUGGACCAAAUGAAGAGGAAUCCUGGAUCACUUUAAUUUUAGAAUGUGCUUUAGAAGUUACUUUUUUUUUGCCCAUUGUUACCCAUGCGGUGUCAUUUCUGUUGUACAUUAAAGUCAUUUUAUAAUGUGGUAA